CACUGAUGAUCCGGCACAGCUCACCGAAAGCACUUCGUCGUAUUUAUUCUUGCUUUUAGACACCAGUAGCCAAGGAUAUUUUAGGGAAUGUAUUUAAAAGACAUGAACGCAAAGCUCUUUUUUUCUGUGCUUUCCCAUAAAAUGGCAAACCUGGGAUCAUCAUAACGGACCUGCUAUGGUCUCUAUACAAUGAUUUACUUCCAGAAAUGCUGCUUGAUAGUAUUUUUUUCCUUCUUUAUUUUCUUUUGAGCAACUGAUCUUUUGAUUGGAGCCGUUUUCUGGAUGGGAAUUGUUGCACUGUGGAAACAAGAGACCGCUCCCGGAAGAUUAUGUAGCCGAAUCCCCUUUUUGUAAAAAAAAAAAAAACUUGGAUAUUGUGGAUUUUCUGGAUCAUAUCAGAACAGUCCGGCGAGCCAGCAUCCAGGUGAUUCGGACGUUGGCGAAAGAGUAAGAGGGAAAAGUCAACUUCGCACACUCUGGACUGCAAAAAAGUCCAGACAAUGCUUCCUUGUGCGAGCUGUGAGAAGCCCAUCCUCGACAGGUUCCUGCUCAAAGUUCUGGACAGACCAUGGCACAUCAAGUGUGUCCAGUGCUGCGAAUGCAAAUGCAGUUUGACAGAGAAGUGUUUUUCCAGAGAUGGGAGACUGUACUGUAAGAACGACUUUUUUAGGAGAUUUGGGACCAAGUGUGGCGGCUGCUCGCAGGGGAUUUUACCCAGUGAUCUUGUCCGCCGAGCCAAGAGCAAAGUGUUUCACCUAAACUGUUUCACCUGCAUGAUGUGUAACAAACAGCUGUCCACCGGAGAGGAACUGUACAUCCUGGACGAAUUCAAGUUUGUCUGUAAGGAGGACUAUCAAAACAACAACGGCAAAGACACAAUCCUUCUUGCAGUGACGACGUGCAGCGACCCCAGCCUGUCUCCGGGCUCGCAGGACCCUCAGGACGACGGGAAAGACUCCGAGGGCGGACAUUUAUCCGACAAAGACGCGGGCGCCAACGAGAACGACGAGACGAGCGCCGUGGGGAAGCGGCGCGGGCCGCGCACCACCAUCAAGGCCAAGCAGCUGGAGACGCUCAAGGCGGCGUUCGCGGCCACGCCGAAGCCCACCCGGCACAUCAGGGAGCAGCUGUCGCGGGAGACCGGCCUCAGCAUGAGGGUCAUACAGGUUUGGUUUCAAAACCGGAGGUCUAAGGAGAGGCGCAUGAAGCAGCUGAGCGCCCUGAGCGCGCGGAGACAUGUGUUUUUCCGCGGCCCGAGGAGGAUGAGAGCCCUGGGAGACAGACUGGAGCCAGGAGAGCUCGGACACUUCUCCUAUUAUGGAGACUAUCCUGGUGAAUAUUAUGGUCCAGGAGGGAAUUAUGAGUACUUCCAAGGCCCACCAUCAUCCCAAGCUCAGACUCCAGCAGAUCUGGGCUUCGUGCCCUCAACAGUCCCCGCCGGCACCCCAUUAGGAGCCGUGGACCAUCACCACCACCACCACCACCACCACGGAGGGCACCACUGUGCCGGAGAUGUGCAGUGUUUCUCUGACACAGUAUCCCACCAUGCCGCGGACUCACCCAGUCCUGAGCCCAGCGGGCCCGGUUCGAUCCACAGCAUCUCCAGUGAGAUGUGUGGCCCCGGCACACCGUUCACGGCUGUGUCUCUCAGUGACAACGGCUACACCAACCAGCUGUCGCAGCCGUCCUCAGAAAUGAGUGAAGGCGCUGCCUGGUAAUUCAGCCCACACGAACUGCAAAGCACAUCUGGAUUUUGAAGGCUUAUUUAUUUAUUUAUCUAUUUAUUUAUUUAUUUAUUUAUUUAUUUAUUUAUUUAUUUAUUUAUUUAUUUAUUUAUUUAUUUAUUUAUUUAUGUGUGACACUAUGCUGCUUGUUUUUGACUAACCACUGAACAUAAUUGGACUGAAUUGGAGAAUUGGACUCCCUAUUUUCACAGUGCUGUUCAAGCAAUAAACGAGCACAUUCAUAGGAUGCAAACAGUGUUUUUAGUGUUUACAAAACCUCCUCUGCCCCACGCCGUCUUUUUUUAGUAAACACGUCUGUGUGUUUAUCCACUGCAUUAUGCCACAUGACGGGUGUCUGAUCAGUCCCAGAUUCAAACAGCACACAUGAAGAAGGAGCCGUGAUGCAGCGGGUUCAGCGGUGAGAAGAACGAGGAGUCUCGCCCUUGCAGAGCACUGAUCUCACCUUGAAAUCCACAAAGAGACAGUUCAGGGAGUUUACGUUGAUCAAGAUCGCAUGAGCUUAACCUGCCAAGUAGCCUGAGAAACUCGGCGCUAAUAGGGGGAUUUGUGAACACACAAAAUGUGUAUUAGAUUUAUUUAUAUUUAUUUCCUUUCAGUGCACUUUGUCUCAAGUUGAUUGAUGAAUGAAUGUCAUUUUUUUUCAUUACUGUAUAUGAUGUUACUGUCUUUGAAAGUGCAUGAUCGUAUUUUUCUGUUUCACACACGCUGACGAACUGCACUCUCCAUCCACACUGAGGUUUCAUUUACUAUUUGUAUCACUUGACAGCAGAUAAUGACUGUUGCUCAAAACAUCAAUGCAGUAUGUCUCUCAGGACUGUGGAAAGAUUAGUUUUAUUUUUAUUUGUCACAACCUUUCCUACAUGUUUGCCUUCAAAACAAGAUCUUUAUAAAUCUGAUAAUUUUAUACACGCAAAAGAAAAAGAUCUGACUUCAACAGGAGCCCAGCUGUAUGUAUAGGAGUAGACAUGUUUGUAGGACAGUCGAUGGUUUACUGACCGUUCCAGUGUUCAGGGGUUGGACCUCAGCUGUGGGAAACGUUCUUGCUCUAAUGGACAAACCCAUGCAGACAAACCAAAUUUUCGUGGCUGUUUAAUUGCUGUGGUCACUCACUGUGCUAGUUUGUAAUAUGUAAUGAAUUAAGAAAUAAUAGUAAUAAUUAUAAAAGCAGGAACCACAAAUAAUGUUUUGCCAAAUAAAAGCACAGCCUCAGUCCUGCACUGACAUGAGUGUGGAGCACGCAGCGCUCGCCGCUCCGCUCUCCCCGCUCAGUGUCUGUGGGUUGGGUGGCUGACAGCCAAGAAUUACACGUCUUUUUUCUCUCUAUGGACCCAAAUGCAAAAUGCUUGAAUUCAUUGUCUUCACUGCCAGAAACAACAACUUUUAUUUCAAUUUAUUUUUUUGUGGGAUGUAAAAGAUUUUUCCAAUAACUUUUA